AUGAUCUCGUGUAUCGGUGAGAUGCUGUUCGUGGUCCUAAUUGGAGCCAUGGAUCGUUUCCAUGAGGGAGACGAUGUGGGCCUAUCCUGCAAGAUGGAGCACCUCCUUAAAUCUGAGAAUUUUUGGGAUAACCACCGCCGGUUCUCCGUUCAUCAUAACCUGAUUAGACGAAUCGCAGGAAGCUCAACACCAGCGCUUAAGGACAAGGAUGUGCCCUUCCUCCUCAAUCUCAUCUCUAAGUAUUGGGAAGACCUUGCACCAACGCUGCGAGAGCGUUUGACGGUGUGGCUGAAGAUGACGACGGAGGACGCCGGGCUACGCGGCUUGCAGCCGAACGGGAGUUGCAGCCGACGGCGAAGUCAAGGAUCCCACAACCUCUUCACGAGGAUCUUCUCCCAGCUCGAACAGAAAACGGGAAAGAAGUUCCCCUUCGUCCUUCUCAUCGUCGUCAUCAGCGCGUUGAGUCCUUGCCUGGCUUUCGCCUGCUUCAUUCUUCUCAACAUCUAUUGUCCUCUCUUCUGGGCCAAGGAUCCCGGCAUCGUUCGCAUCAAACAGCCGGAGUUCUUGACUUGUUCGGAAGACGACCGGAUCGUGGAAAAGGGAAUGGGAAAGAGACCGGACUUCUCCGCGUUGACAAUGAAACGGAGAAAAACUUUGAUACAUAAGAAGAGGAAGACAAAAACCACCCAGUUCCCAAAACCAUCUCGAGUCGAGGCAAAGAGGCCUUUAGGAAGCAGACCGUCCAAGGCGAAAUCCCUGAGGCAGAGCAGAAUCGGCCUGUAA